AUGGGCUGGUAUCGACGGACACCAAGGAAUGUUCUGGAAUACGUAGCAAGUAUCAGCAGAAGUGGCAGCACCGACUACGCGCCCUCAGUCAAGGGCCGGGUCACGAUCGCCAGGGACAACGGGCAGAGCUCGGUGACGCUGACCAUGACCGACCUCCGGGACGAGGAUUCCGGAUCCUAUUUCUGUGUGAAAUCCCCUAAUACUGCUGGCCACACCCACUUUGAGGCCCUCAACCAAUCAGGUUUGUCAUCCCCAUGUCCCCCUGUCCCCGCAGGGCUCCGGGCGGCCGUGACCCUGCUGGAGUGCGGGGGGGACCUCCAGCCCCCCGGGGGGUCCCUGCGCCUCCUCUGCCGAGGGUCCGGCUUCGAUUUCGGGAGUUUUAGCAUGCAAUGGAUCCGCCAGAGACCCGGGCAGGGGCUGGAGUGGCUCGCAGGGAUCUACAGCAGCGGUGCCUACACCUACUACGCGCCGUCGGUCAAGGGCCGGGUCACGAUCUCCAGGGACAACGGGCAGAGCUCGGUGACGCUGACCAUGACCGACCUCCGGGACGAGGAUUCCGGAUCCUAUUUCUGUGCCAAAUGUUACACCAGUGGUUAUGCUAAUGCUGCUUAUGGUGUUGAUGGAGGUGGUGCUCCCAAGCCCUCUCCUCUCUGUUCCCAACUAUCCCAGAAUUCUCUCAUCCUGCCCCAAAUCCCAGCCCUUCCCCCCCGAUCUCGGCCAUUUCCCCCACACUCCGCCCCUGCUGCCCCAGCCCUGCGUUCCCCCCAGUUCUGACCAUUUCUCCCCAGCCUCGCCCUUCCCCUCGGUCCCAGCUGGGAGCGGGGAUCAGCCCAGGGCAGCACAGCCAGCUGUGGCUGCAGCUGGCGCUCUGCCGGCCCCUCCAGGAGCUGGGCUGCCCUCGCUCACACCCAGCUGUUCCAAGUGACCACAUCCAGGAACUUUCUCUUUCCUUUUCCGGGCCCCAGCAGCGGCCGGGGAGGAAGUGGGGGGAGGCUGCGGAGCCCCGACCUCGCGGCGUCGGCUCCUCCCUCCCACCGGGGACUUCUCGUCCUCCUGCCCGGCCUCCAGCUCCGGGAGCUGCUCCUCGGCUUGGGGCUGGAAUCCUCUCGCUGAGCGCUGGAGAAAAAACCCUUUUUUUCCCCUAAAACCACGAAAUUUUGGGGAGAGGAAAUGGUUGGAAUCGAUCUGGAGCCGAGGCCUCCGUGCUGAGAGAAGCAGAUGUGGAAACAGCUGUGACCCCAUGGGAGGCUGGAACAGAGGGAGGAGAGCGGCCCUGUGCUCGCAGGAGAAGGACAAAAAUCAGAUUUCCGUUCCAGGGACGGAGAUGAUUCGGAGACGGGCGAUAACGAGGAUUUGGCCUUUGAGCAGCUCAUCCUUAGCACAAGGCCCAAUAAAUUAUCACAACCCACGGCGAGCUGUGGGGAGCUUGGUGGCCGUGGGGAGGAUUUCACCAUGGCGGCUGCUGCUGGUGAUGGAAUUAAAAACCACCACAACCCAAAAACCACCAAAAACCCAGUUUUUCAUCUCACAAAGGAGUCUCCACGACCUUAACAAGAGGGACUUGUGUCCCUCAGUGAGCUGAAGAAAGACUGUUUUAGGGGUGAUAAAUUGGAUUUUUGGGGGUUUUUUCUUUACAUUUUCAGUGGGAAUUUAAAGGUUGUAGGGAGGAGAAGUGUUCUGAGGGGUUUGUUCUGAUUCUUACAUUUUUUCCUUUUACUUUCUUUCAAUAAAUUUCCUUUAGAGCCUUUCAAA